AUGGAAGCCUGUUACCCUCAGGUUAAAUCCAAUGUCACUUCGUACAGCACCAUGACUGUGGUCAUCAUCUCUCUUCAGGCAUUUGCUGGCCUGUGGAUAAACGCUUUCAUUGUUUCUGUGCUUUGUGUUGCUUUGGCGAAAAAGAAAACCUUUAACUCUAAUGAGAAGAUCUUGCUGUUUCUGGGGUGCUCCAGGUUUGGGUAUUUUUGCGUUCUAUGGAUAGGCACAUUUCUCUUAAUAAUUUAUCCCUGGAUCUACUACGUUCACCCCAUACCACAGCUCGACAAUGCUAUUCAAAGCUUUCUCAUUUUUUCCAACUUAUGGGCUUCUUCCUCUCUUUCAGUCUUUUAUUGUAUAAAAAUUGCAAACUUCCAACACAGCUUCUUCACCUUCCUGAAAGCCAAAAUUGACAGGAUCGUGCCAUGGCUGUUGAUGGCCUCAGCGCUUUUAUCUCUGAUCAUCUCCAUCUUUGCCUACAAGACCGUUGAUGAAGUGCACUGCAACAACACCAAUGCCACCAGCCUGGAGAAUUUCUGGCGACUGAGUGCCAAAUUGGAUAGACAUUCUUUACCUAUGUUUUUCAUCUCCGGCUUUGGAUUUGCCACGGCAUUCCUGGUAGUCCUCUUCUCUGCCCUUCUCCUCCUCUUUUCUCUCUGGAGACACAAACGCAGAAUGCAGGCAAACUCAGUGAGGAACAUCAGCGUGGACGCCCAUAUCAAAGCCAUGAAGUCUGUUCUGUCCUUCCUCUUCCUGUACAGCAUUAACUUCAUAUGUUUGACCUUGUCAUUAGUUUAUGGCAUAAAGGAGAACCAUGUAAUGUUACUAAUUAUAGUGUUUCUGAACACUUUUCCAGCUGUUCAUUCCCUUCUUCUGAUUUUCAGCAAUCCCAAACUGGAAAGGACACUGUUAAGGAUUCUGCUCUGGGUGAAGUGCAAGGUGUGUGGGAGGUAGGAACUGUAAGAACAACUGGGGGCCGCUAAAAAUGUGUACAUUUUAUUAUACAAAACUCGUAAAUUAAUACCUAAUACAAGUCUCUUGUCAGUAGAGAUAAUAGAGGUGAUCUACGUUCAGUGACUAAGAUAAGAAAACUUCAUUAAAGUCUUCUUAUUAUCAGUUGUAGAAAUCAGUAUGGUCAUGUGAUUAAGAGAAUUCUUAGAGUUAAGUUGUUGUCAAUAAUGAACUAAUUCAGAUCUGGUUCAUGAGCUCAAUGCAAAAGAGGAAUAGUGAUUCUCCAGAACUUCUGAACCUGCUUUGGUGUUUGCUGAUCAAAACCACUUUGCUAAACAACAUGGCUGUACCUCUUUUAGUUUACGUUUCUUUCUGCUGUGGUCGUGUGCUCUGCAACAUCAGUCACUGUAUCCCCACCUUGCUCUGCUUCAUCAUUCCGGUGGGAAUCUGUCACUCAUUCACCGGAGGUGAACAGCAACUGAAUUAUGAACAGCAACAUGCAAAUGGCCUCGGGUGGACAACUCGGGGUGAGACCCCACUUCCCACCCGGCCUUACGUGUCCUCCCUCUGCUCACUUCGCUGAAAAACAUCAUUUUCCCUCCUGUGUGCAACUGCCAACUCAGCCCAGCAGUGGUGUUGGUGGUUCCUCUGGCAAAAGAUGUUCAAGAAAGUGAAAACCACUGCUUGACAGUGGGAAGUGACAAAGCUUGUGAGAAACAGUCCUGCAACAAACUGAGUCAGAAAAGGAAUAGCAGGAGAUGCUCCAAUCGCUGGUACAAGGAAACACCUGCAGCCCGUGGAGAGGACCACUGUGGAGAAGAUAUCCUCACUGCAGCCUGUAAAGAACCUCACACCAGAGCAGGAAGACAGGAAUGAUGGAUGGUAGCCCAUGGAGACACCACACCGGAGCAGGCUUCUCCUGAAGGAACAUUUCCCAAGGGAGGGAUCCAACACUGUAACAGGGGAAAGUCUGAAGAUGGCAGAGACAGUGGCUUAACUCUAUGCGCCGUUCCCCAUCCCCUUGCACAGCUCAAGGGAUGAAUGUAUGGGAGUUGGGUGUGAAGGAGGGAAGUUGAGCCUGGGGAGAAGGGAAGGUGAAGGAACAAUAUUUUUGUUUCAACCAUCAUGGUGUAUUUUCAACUGCCAAUAAAUUAAUUUGACUUUCCCCAAGUCAAGUCUGUUUUGUCUAUGACAGUAACCGCUGAGGUUUAUCACUGUCUUUAUCUCAACCCUUGAGCAUUCCCAUCUUAUUCUCUACCCCUGUGCUGCUGAGGAGGGAGGGUGAAGGAGCAGCUGGGUGGGGGUACUUCACCUGGCCAAGGUCACCCCACCACACCAGAUUAUCCAAACCUGGAAUACUUUCAACACGAACAGAGCAGAACAUGAAUUGUUCAUUUCUUUCACCAGCUCAGGCCCAGAGGGAUGUUUCACUUCACACCAACUGCCAGAAGUGCUCUUUUCCUGCAUCUCGGCAGGUUUUGUUUCUGCUUUAGUUUCAAUCACUUCCCCAGUGAAGUGCCUUUGCCAGGGGUGCAGCCCAAACCUCAGAGGCCUGUUGAAGCUCUGCAGAAUUCCUACAUAUCCACACCGCUCUCCAGGGAUCUGGCUCAGCCGUAGUAUCAGCCCUGCUCAACAUGGAUUCACUCUGUAAGCAACCAUUGUGCUUUCUCUCUGCAGCAUUUUUUAUAACAGCCCUUAACAUAUUUCUACUGGCAGAAAGCUUCUCAGAGUUUCUAUUCCCACAGUAAAGUAUGGUCAUCAAUAAAUGUUUUUUCUUUGGGAGAGAGGGCCCUUGAUGAGUUGGCAGGAGCAGGGCUGAGCUCUGCCUCUUUGACGGGUUUCUCCUGGCAGCCCAUGAAGGUGUUCUGCACACCCCUGCACCUCUCUUGCUCCCACAGACUUUCUGCACUUUCUCCUCCUUGCGUCUUCACACCACAGUUGCUACCUUUGCCUUCCCUUCGCUCACUUGCCCAGCAUGUCUGUUGUAGCAUCAGCCCUCCCAAACAUGGAUUCACUCUACAGGAAGCCAUUGAGCUU